AUGGUUGUAUCCAAAAAAUGGUUGAGAAACGUUCGAAGAAAAUUCCUAAGAUCAUCCAACAACAAAGACAUAGCUCUCCAUCCUCGUAUAAGUGUUUGCACAAAUCAAAGCGAACAACCAAUACUUCAAAAUGAAUCUACCACGACCACCGCCAGGGAAGACUUUAUCAAAUUACCAUCACCACCACCAAUUAAUUCUUCAUCAACCAAAUUAUUCACUAAGGAAGACUUUGCAGCAAUCAAGAUUCAAGCUCAUUUCAGGGGUCAUCUUGCUAGAAGAGCACAUAGAGCCUUAAAAAGUUUAGUGAAAUUGCAAGCAUUGGUUCGUGGGGUGUGUGUGAGGAGACAAUCGCGUAUAGCAAUGCAGUGUAUGCAUGCACUUGUUCGUUUACAGGUUAGGGUUCGUGCAAGGCAAUUGCUUGAUACCUUUGAUCCUACUCAAUAA